AUGAUGAUGAUGAUGAUGAAGGCACAUCACACGCAGAGGAUGAGAUUCAACUUGGGCAGGACUGUUUGCCAUCUUGCGUUUUUGACCUUUUGGACUUUGUCACUGCUGACUGGACUGGUCCAGUCUCACAUCUGCCCCAAGGGCUGCUCCUGCAGCAACCAGUUCAGCAAGGUGAUCUGCACAAGGUUUGAGCUGCGAGAAGUUCCCGACAGCAUCUCCACCAACACCCGCUACCUUAACCUACAGGAGAACAUCAUCCAGGUCAUCAAGGCGGAUACCUUCAAGCAACUGCGGCACCUGGAGAUUCUGCAGCUCAGCAAGAACCUGAUCCGUCAGGUGGAAGUCGGAGCCUUCAAUGGCCUCACCAACCUCAACACGCUGGAGCUCUUCGACAACCGGCUCACUACGGUGCCCAGUGCGGCUUUUGAGUAUCUGUCAAAACUCCGGGAACUGUGGCUGAGGAACAAUCCCAUCGAGAGCAUCCCUUCCUACGCCUUCAACCGUGUGCCCUCGCUGCGGCGCCUGGACCUGGGCGAGCUGAAGAAGCUGGAGUACAUUUCAGACGCGGCUUUUGAGGGCCUGAUCAACCUGAGGUACCUCAACCUGGGCAUGUGCAACCUGGCGGAGAUCCCGAACCUCACGCCCCUCAUCAAGUUGGAGGAGCUGGAAUUGUCUGGCAACCGGCUGGAGGUCAUCCAGCCCGGCUCCUUCCAGGGCCUCACCAACCUGCGCAAAUUGUGGCUGAUGCACGCCCAGAUCCAACUGAUCGAGCGCAAUGCCUUUGAUGACCUGCAGUCACUGGAGGAGCUCAAUCUGUCUCAUAACAACCUGACAUCACUGCCGCAUGACCUCUUCACACCUUUGCACCGGCUGGAGAGGGUGCACCUCAACCACAACCCUUGGCACUGCAACUGUGAUGUCUUGUGGCUCAGCUGGUGGCUGAAGGAAACGGUGCCCAGCAACACAACCUGCUGUGCACGCUGCCACUCACCGCCCAACCUGAAGGCUCGCUACAUCGGUGAGCUGGAUCAGAGUCAUUUUACGUGCUACGCACCAGUCAUUGUGGAACCACCAACCGAUCUCAACGUGACUGAGGGAAUGGCUGCUGAGCUCAAGUGCCGUGCGGCUACUUCCAUGACGUCCGUCAACUGGAUGACCCCCAACGGCACUCUGAUGACCCAUGGCUCAUACCGGGUACGCAUCUCAGUGCUGCAUGACGGCACGCUCAAUUUCACCAAUGUGACAGUGCAGGACACAGGCCUGUACACCUGCUUGGUCAGCAAUUCAGCUGGCAAUGCCACAGCCUCAGCCACACUCAAUGUCUCGGCUGUUGACAGCAGCAACAGUUACAGCUAUUUCACUACCGUGACGGUGGAGACAGUGGAGGUGGUGGAUGAGCCCCGGUCGACUGAACGUGAGCCUGGGCCCACCCCCUCAGGCCACUGGGAGACACCCUACUCCACCACCUCCCUCACCCCCCGUAGCACCAAGUCCACCGAGAAGGCCUUUACUGUGCCCAUCACCACUGAGGUGACAGACAACAUCAUGGCGGGUCUGGACGACGUGAUGAAGACAACCAAAAUCAUUAUUGGCUGUUUUGUUGCCAUCACCUUCAUGGCUGCUGUCAUGCUCAUCAUCUUCUAUAAGCUGCGCAAACAGCACCAGCUCCACAAACACCACGGGCAGACCCGCACCAUUGAGAUCAUCAACGUGGAGGAUGACAUGGCAGAGGCCACACCUGGUGACAGCUGCCUGACUCUCCCAGCUGUUGACCAUGAGCACCUCAACCAUUACACGGCUUACAAGGCCCACUACAACAACAACACCACAACCACUGGCAGUGGAGGCGGCGGCGCCCUGAACUGCACCAAAAACCCGCUUCACAACUCUGUGCACGAACCGCUACUCUUUAAAUCCAGCUCCAAAGAGAACGUGCAAGAGACGCAGAUUUAAUAACAUGCCCGCCACUGGUCCGUCAACUCGAUGCUUAAAUGCAAAACUGCAAACAGGAAAAAAAAAUGGGGAGUGAAUA